UUAGUUGACCUUCCCAUGUUCAAUGGCUCUCUCUCGUUCUGUGCUUUCUCUUCUGUUUUCUGUCUCUUGGGCCUUGGCUUCCACUUAGAGGCCACAUCUCCAUUGCUCGCCGUGCUGCACACACGUGGUAAGACCUUCUGUGGCAUAAUUUUAAUUACCCAAAUAAAAAAGAAAAAAAAUUCAAAAUGUUUCUGCCUAAUAAUGGCUAAAACAAAUUACCACAGUUUAACUUCUACAGUCGCCAUUGUCUUGUGAAGAAGCUGGGCUAAAACCUCAGUAACUUCAGGGUUUAAGCCCUAGUAGAACUUGGCAGAAUCAGGGUUUUUCUUCUUUCUGUUGAUUCUUUAUUAAUGUGGAGGAGAGCGGGGUUGAGCUGGAGAUGGAAUAUGCACCGGCGGUUGUGCACGGCGGCACCACGCCAAAUAGUGGAUGAAGGUGACUGGUUUUACUCAUCUGAAUGGUGGGGGUCCGAAUCCGAAUCCGAAUUCAAUGGAAACACCGUCUUCCACACCGUCUCCGAGAAAGGGAACGGCAUUGUCUCGGUCCUCGCUUACCCGUCUUCUAGACCGAACAGAGUUUACUGGCCAGAAACAGAGAAGUGGCUUCAGCAAAGAUAUGCAGAGAUUGAUCCAGGUUAUGAACAUAAUGGACAUUUUAGAAUACUCGGAUAUCAAUGGCGUGUCCUUCGCUUUAAUGAUAAUACUCGCCAAAGUACAGUUAAAAUAAUGGCUGCUUACCGGAAAACUGAACCUGGCUCUAUAUGCAUUAUGCAGCAGGCACAAUGUCUGGCUAUUCCAUAUGUCAAGAGUAUGGUGUCACUUGGAUUGUCUACUAUAGCAUCUUGUAAUUACGAUCUAAUGGCUGCAGUACAUGGGAAGAAAAGGAUGCAUAUUCUAUGCAUUGGUCAUGGUGGGGGAAGCUUGCCAUUGUUUCUGGCUAAUAAAAUUCAAGGUGCCGUGAUCCAUACAGUUGAAAUUGACCCCAUUGUCAUUGCAGCAUCAGUCCAGGCAAUGGGCUUCCCAGCUGUCUCUGUCAUGACCCCAUCAGGCAAACGUGCCUUGUCAAAACCUGAUAUUAUUAAUGAAGUAAUGUGGAAGGGCAUCCAUGAGAGGCUCUACCUCUACGAAUCAGAUGCUGAGAAGUUUGUUGUAGAGAACAACAAUCUGUACGAUAUCAUCUUCAUUGAUGCUUAUGAUGGCGAUGACAUCUUCCCUAACAAGCUAUGGGAUCCACAUUGCCCCUUUCUCAAGUCUCUCAGUGACCAACUCCACCCCAAACAUGGCACUGUGGUGCUGAACCUCCAUGCAGACACCGAUAUCUCAAACCCCAACGAAUCCAUUUCAUACUUCUACCAGCGUAUUCUGCCAGUAGGAAAGUAUGUCUCCAGGGUUUGCAAAGCAUACAAGGACGUCCUCAUAGGGAACAAACAAACAUGCAGCAAUGGGAAAGCCGGGAGUGGUAUAGGAUUCGCUAUAUCAGUACCUUGGGUGUGCAACACAUCUCUAGUUGUGUGCAGAGGAUUCGGGUUGAGUAGUGGCCUUGUUAACAGGGAUAUGGUAAUGAAUACCCUCAUAUCCAAUUCUGUUAAAGUAGAACAUAUAAACAUGUCCUUCUCUGGGCAAGGCAAAAGGCUAGGCUCCGGCGACAACGACGACAUGGGCAUCGUCGCUAGACUCUUCCGCGCCGUAUCGGGCUCCCCGAUAACCGACGUCACCAAGAGAGCGGCCAACGACGCCGCCUACGUUACCCAGAAGCUGUUGAAGAGCACGGGAAAAGCCGCCUGGUAUGCGGGAACCACGUUCCUGGUCCUCGUUGUCCCACUCAUCAUCGAGAUGGACCGUGAACAGCAAUUCAAUGAUAUGGAGUUGCAGCAGCAGAGCCUCCUCGGCUCACCCCCUCCGCCCUCCCCUCCAAAGUAAAAAGGAAUAUUCGCUUCUACGGUUUAGUUUGUGGGCUGUUCUAGAAUUUCGUAUAUUGAUGCUUCAUUGGAUUUUUUUGGAUUAGAUUUAUUUUGAGGAUUGUAUGAGAUUUUAUUGUUUGAGAAGUAUUCAGUUUCAUGAUUUCCUUGAUGGGUAUUGCUGGAAUUUAGGAAAUCAUUGAAAUUGGAGCAAUGCAUAGAAGAUUUGCUUUGAUUUGCUUUUCAAAUUUUUGUUGUUGAUAAUAUUGCUUUAUAAUGAGAAAAUGAAUGGGAAAUUAAAUAAAAAAUGUAAAAUACAUUACUAUCAAGUAAA